AUGCCCCUUGCCACCUCGUCCGGAUGUCUUGUUUCCCUUCGCAUCCCCACCCCGCUUCUGCUUGUUUCCCUUCCCUCCGUCCAUAUCAUCCACCCCUUUGUCAACCAAGUCGACGAAGUCCUCAACCAUGUCGCCAUCUGCCUCCUCCCCUUCUAUGGUGUACACCUCUUCUCCGGAGUUGUCAUCGCAUCCACCAUCGUCCUACCCAUCCUCAUCUUUAUUCCCAUCAACUUCUUCCUCCUCCUCAUCCUCGUCCACCUCCCCAUCCUCCUCAACAUCCGCCUCACCCCCCUCUCCCUCAUCCCCCUCCAUCCCCUCCAUCCCCUAAGCAUGCUCACAUUUCCCCUUCGUAAAAUGGCCAUCAUCUCCCAUUCAGUAGAGUGCAUUGUCUCCUUGCUCAUUCCCUCUCUUCCAGUUUUCCCUCUAAUUCCCUCUCUUAACCUUGCCAUCCACUUCCAUCCCCCCUCAUCCCCUAUCUUACCCCCCGUUCACUCACUUCUCCCCUAUCCACUCUUAUCCACUCUCGUCCACUCUCAUCCACUCCCCUCUCAUCCCCACUCAUCCGCACUCAUCCACUCUCGUCCAAUCUCAUCCCCUCUCAUCCCCUCUCAUCCCCUCUCAUCCCCUCUCAUCCCCUCUCAUCCCCUCCCAUCCACUCUCAUCCACUCUCACCAACUUUCUUCCAUUCUCAUCCACUCUCAUCCACUCCCAUCCCCUCCCAUCCCCUCCUAUCCACUUUCAUCCCCUCUCAUCCCAUCUCAUCCACUCUCAUCCACUCUCAUCCACUCUCAACCACUCUCAACCACUCUCAUCCCCUGUCAUCCACUCUCUGCCACUCUCUGCCCCUCUCAUCCUUUCUCAUCCACUCUCAUCCCCUCUCAUCCACUCUCAUCCCCUCCCAUCCCCUCCAUCCCCUCUCAUCCCCUCUCAUCCCCUCUCAUCCACUCUCAACCACUCUGA